UUCUCUUCGUUUUAUAAAGAAAGAAAAAAGACCAAACACGCAUUUUAUGACACAACACAAAGAAGAAGAGCUCAACGAAUGUUCCAGAAAUAAGAGAAGAUGGGUAGAUUAUAUAUGAGGAGAGACGAGCUAGCUCUAAUAAUCCUAUACUUGAACAAAGCUGAGGCUAGAGACAAGAUAUGCAGAGCGAUUCAGUUCGGUUCCAAAUUCUUGAGCGGUGGGCAUCCUGGUACUGCUCAAACUGUAGACAAAAACACCAGCUUGGCUAGAAAAGUGUUCCGCCUUUUCAAGUUUCUCAAUGAUUUUCACCUUCUUAUUAGCCCUGUUCCUAAAGGGACUCCACUUCCUCUUGUCUUACUCGGAAAGUCCAAGAAUGCACUCUUGUGUACCUACUACUUUCUUGAUCAAUUCGUCUGGCUUGGUAGAUCCGGCAUAUAUAAGAACAAAGUACUAACUGAGUUGAUUCGAAGUUUCGCAAUUUUCUGCUGGCUUGGCUCAUCUCUUUGUAAUAUAGCAAUCCAGAUUGGUGAGCUUAUAAUGCACUCUUCAACUAUGAAGAAGAUGGAAAAAGAACUCAAAGAUGAUGAAGAGCAGGAUAAGGAGACGGAUCGUGCUAAGCUUCAGAAAACAAAAGACAGAAUUCUAGCUUUGAUUAAAUCAAGCAUGGACACUGUUGUAGCCAUUGGUCUGCUUCAUUUAGCUCCAUUUAUAGUUACUCCUCGUGUCACUGGCGCUUUUGGGUUUGUCACCUCGCUUAUCUCUUGUUAUCAGUUGCUUCCGGGGCGCCCCAAGUUAAAGACACCUUGAAGCAAGAAGAAGCCGGGCCUUCAUAAUAAUUGUGUUUCAUAUUCCUUAGUGAACCUAUUGUGUUCAAGUAAUCUCAUGAGUCUAUGUUGCUCCUAUGCAGUAAUAAUGAUAACUCUUAUGUGAUACUUAAUAUU